UCCGCGACAGACGAAAGGACCGACAUGCUUCAUCUAUGAUCUAUAGAUCCUUCGAAAGAGUUUAAGUGAACUGUUCUCUGUGAUCGUGCUGUGCUCAGUGUUGUGUUUGUGUGAACGCGUAUCAUCAAAAUGUGGCCACCAAGACUGGUGCGGUGGACGGUCACCAUCCUUCUCAUAAUCGCUGUACUGGCACCUACUUCAAAUUCUACUACUGUCCGCAGAAGACUGCGCAAGCCCACCAAGACAACAGAGUCGACCAGCGUAUCUAGAUCCUCGGAUCAGGUGCUGUCCGCUAGCGUGAACAGGCCCAAGAUCCGUGGUCGCCCCUCGGUGGCCAGCCGCAAGUCUUCUGCUGCUCUCGACAAUUCCGUCGGCACUGAUGACCAUAAGGAUAAAGAUGGAUAUAAGAUCGUCUGCUACUACACAAACUGGUCGCAAUACCGCACCAAGAUCGGCAAGUUUAUGCCGGAGGACAUCCAGCCGGAUCUCUGCACCCACAUCAUCUUCGCCUUCGGCUGGAUGAAGAAGGGCAAGCUCAGCUCCUUCGAAUCCAACGAUGAGACCAAGGAUGGCAAGACUGGACUUUACGACAGAAUCAAUGCGCUGAAGAAAGCUAACCCGAAAUUGAAGACUCUUCUUGCUAUUGGUGGCUGGUCAUUCGGGACACAGAAGUUCAAGGAGAUGUCAGCUACGCGCUACUCCCGUCAGACCUUCAUCUACUCUGCCAUCCCCUACCUUCGGGACAGGAACUUCGAUGGUCUGGACAUCGAUUGGGAGUACCCCAAGGGAGGCGAUGAUAAGAAGAACUACGUGCUACUGUUGAAAGAACUUCGCGAGGCCUUCGAAGCCGAGGCUCAAGAGGUGAAGAAACCCCGUCUGCUUCUCACAGCGGCUGUACCGGUCGGCCCUGACAACAUCAAGAGCGGAUACGACGUGCCUGCUGUCGCCAGCUACCUGGACUUCAUCAAUCUCAUGGCCUACGACUUCCAUGGUAAAUGGGAGAGGGAGACGGGGCACAAUGCACCACUUUACUCCCCCUCAUCAGACUCCGAGUGGAGAAAGCAGCUGUCUGUGGACCACGCCUCGCAUCUGUGGGUGAAGCUGGGUGCUCCUAAGGAGAAGUUGAUUAUUGGUAUGCCAACCUACGGCCGUACGUUCACGCUGUCCAACCCCGACAACUUCAAGGUCAACUCGCCGGCCAGCGGCGGUGGAAAGGCCGGGGAGUACACCAAGGAGAGCGGAUUCCUCGCUUAUUACGAGGUAUGCGAGAUCCUGCGCAACGGUGGUACUUAUGUUUGGGAUGAUGAGAUGAAGGUGCCAUAUGCCAUCAGCGGAGACCAGUGGGUUGGCUUCGAUGAUGAGAAGUCCAUCAGGAAUAAGAUGAGAUGGAUCAAGGACAAUGGUUUCGGCGGCGCCAUGGUGUGGACGGUGGACAUGGACGACUUUAACGGUGACGUCUGCGGCGGGGACGUAAAGUACCCGCUCAUUGGAGCCAUGAGGGAGGAACUCCGUGGCAUCUCUCGCGGUAAGAACGCGAAGGACGUAGACUGGUCGUCAGUGGCAUCAUCAGUGAUCGUGGAGGUGACAGAGAAGCCCCAGCCCAUCAAGAUUAGCCUGUCGGAGGUACUGAACAAAGUCAAGAAACCCACCAAGACGCUGGUCAUCAAGAACAACGCUGCUGUGAUUGAUAAGAACAAACGCGAACCUCAGAUCCUCUGCUACCUAACCUCCUGGUCUGCGAAACGGCCGAGUGCCGGUCGCUUUGGGCCCGACAACAUCGACCCGACGCUCUGCACCCACGUCAUAUUCGCCUUCGCGACCCUGAAGGACCACAAACUGGCUGAGGGCGACGAGAAGGACGCUGACAUGUACGAUAAGGUCGUCGCGUUGAGAGAGAAGAAUCCUAAUUUGAAGAUUCUGCUGGCGAUCGGUGGCUGGGCGUUCGGCUCUACCCCCUUCAAGGAGCUCACCUCCAACGUGUUCCGUAUGAACCAGUUCGUGUACGAGGCCAUCGAGUUCCUGAGAGACUACCAGUUCAACGGCCUGGACAUUGACUGGGAGUACCCCAGAGGAGCAGACGACAGGGCCGCAUUCGUGUCCCUCCUCAAGGAGCUACGCCUGGCCUUCGAGGGUGAGGCCAAGACGUCAGGCCAGCCGCGCCUGCUCCUCACCGCCGCAGUGCCGGCCUCGUUCGAGGCCAUCGCCGCAGGCUACGACGUGCCUGAGAUCGCUAAGUACUUGGAUUUCAUCAACGUGAUGACUUACGACUUCCACGGGCAGUGGGAGCGCCAGGUGGGACACAACAGCCCACUGUUCCCGUUGGAGAGCGCCACCAGCUACCAGAAGAAGCUGACUGUGGACUACUCCGCCAGGGAAUGGGUGCGUCAAGGAGCUCCCAAGGAGAAGCUGAUGAUAGGCAUGCCGACGUAUGGACGAUCAUUCACACUCAUCAAUGAGACCCAGUUCGAUAUUGGUGCGCCUGCUUCUGGAGGAGGUGCCGCUGGUCGCUACACCAACGAGGCUGGCUUCAUGUCCUACUACGAGAUCUGCGACUUUCUGCGCGAAGACAACACCACCCUGGUCUGGGACAACGAGCAGAUGGUGCCCUUCGCGUACAGAGGAGACCAGUGGGUCGGCUUUGAUGACGAGAGAUCGCUUAAGACCAAGAUGACCUGGCUCAAGGAGGAAGGUUUCGGUGGUAUCAUGGUGUGGUCCAUCGACAUGGAUGACUUCAGAGGAUCAUGUGGAACCGGCAAAUAUCCCCUCAUCAACGCCAUGAAGCAGGAGCUGGGAGACUACAAAGUCCGACUAGAGUAUGACGGACCAUACGAGUCCUAUAACCCCAGUGGACAGUACACCACCAAAGAUCCCAACGAGGUGACCUGCGAGGAGGAAGACGGCCACAUCUCCUACCACCCCGACAAGGCGGAUUGCACCAUGUACUACAUGUGUGAAGGCGAGAGGAAACACCACAUGCCCUGCCCGCAGAACCUGGUGUUUAACCCCAAUGAGAAUGUAUGUGACUGGCCCGAAAAUGUCGAGGGUUGCACCCACCACACACAAGCGCCCGCCUCCAGAUAAGUGGCUGGACUUGCGACCUUCAAUCAGAGGAUUUAUAAAAAGCUGAAUGAAAAUGAGCAUAGCCUACCAGUUUUAUGAGCUCGAACCUGACGAGCCAGGUCAGGGUAAAUUGUUGAGAAAAUAAUGAGUUUAGUAGUCGAGUCAUAAAAACGUUGGUUAAAAGUAUGAAUUAAUAUUUGGCACGAUUUGUAAAAAGCUUCAUACAAGUUUAUUCAACAAUUUCUGGUUUAUGUAUUGUUCUCGAGUUGAAGGUCGUAGUCCUAGUGCAUUAGAACUUUACAAAUUUAGUUUAUAACACUGCCAAGUUCGAACCGUCCACUGUCGAAAUUAGAUAGCUUUAGUUUUUUCUAUUUUUGUACGAAACUCUCAUACUGCCAAUCCACCUGAAGAUUAACCGAAAUAUUUAUUAACAUCGUCUCCCUCAUCGCAUAGAAAUGUUAAGUUUCCAUUACACUUGUCCAAUUUUCAGAAAUUUUGAUCUUGGAUGAAUCCUUCACGUUUCUCUGCAAAUCGGAUGAGAGUAAUCGAAGCUUUAGUGUGAUAAUAUGUAUAAUAAUAAUAUGAAUGAUAAUUGAUUUAGAUUUAUGUAUUUAAAAUAACUAGCAUUGUAGUUAGACAACAAUUACCUACGAAUUUCGUAAAGUCGAAUCGCAAAAAAAAUAAAAAUUGAGGACAUACGUAAAAUAAAAUUUUGACGCUAACGCCCCAAAAAUGUAUCGUAAAAAUUUUAUUUUUAUAACUAACUCUUAGAUUAAGGAUAUGUUAAAUAGCAAAUUAUUAUGGAUAAGAUAAUAAUUUUGUUGCCUAAUUAUGAUGGUUAGUAAAUUAAGGCUUUUCUCAAAGGUACACGAUAUUAUACUAAAAAACUUGUAAAAUUUAGAAAAAAAAGUGUAUAAUACAGAUUAUGAUUUCAAAUUCGUUGAAAGCACAAUGACUGGAAAAAAUACUCCAAUAACACUCAUUAAAUCUAAACAUUUUCGCUCCAUAAUUCGUUUCGAAACAUAUUUUAUGUGGACGAUAUUAUCAUAAUAUUUAAUAUAGUGUAUCUUUGCGAUAUAAUUGUAAAUUGUUAAGGCUUCAAUACUCAAUCAGCAACAUCACUGCCCUAGUACCGUCCGCGUCGUGUCACACUCGACUGUAGUUUAGGCUUAAGUUGUGUAAAUAUUGUAUCUAGAUACAAAUGAGAUGUAAGUAUUAUUAAAGAGUUUUAUAAAU